GAUAAUUACGGGUGAAAAGCUCGCGAAGCUUUAUGAAAAGCGUAAGCGGCAACGUCGCUUUCAGCCGUCUUCAGUCAAUUUUCAGGACGUUCUGUUUUCCUUUCAGUCAUUUCAGUUCACUGUUUACUCAAAGACCAUGAAGGAUCACGACUUAAUAUACUUAUUAUUGUUUUCCUAAUGACAAAAUGUAAUUCGGAACAUUUUCUACGAUGGAAACGACAGUAUUUUUGGUAGUUCUGCUUCUUUACCAGCUUCCUACGAUUUCACACGCCGAGCAAGCUUCGUUUUAUGGGAACAGCUAUAUAUCCAUACCUUUCGAAGAAUCAAAAACCUCUACGGAUAUUUAUUUUAAAUUUAGGACUAGACUGUCGGAUACUUUGAUUUUAUUAGUGGCUGGAACUAGUGAUUAUUGCAAAGUCGAUUUGGAAAAUGGGAAAUUGCGGGUUGCGGUUAAUUUGGGAUCAGGAGAGGCGGAGUUGAUAUCGCACGGUUCCGCAAAAUUAAACGAUUUUAAAUGGCACGACGUGACGAUCACAAGGAAAGAUGGCAAUUUAUCCAUGGUAAUCGACAAAGCAAGGAAAAUACAUAUAAAAAUACCGGGAAAAAGAUACGAAUUAGAUAUACAUUAUGGCCUAUUUGUGGGUGAUCACCGAAACAAGAACAAUUCUGACUUAUUUUUUGGACAUAUCAAAACAUUCCGAGGUUGUAUUUCUGGGUUAAGAUACAACGAUCUACUGGUGCUGGAAACUGCUAGACAGCGCGAGUCCAGAGCUAUAGUCGAAGCUAUAACUUGGAACUGUGCUGCUGAGUUCGAAGCGACUCUAGAUCAAGCUGUGAGCUUCGUCGAAGACGAUACGUUUCUUUUGAUACCUCAGAAAACCCGCUUUAAAGACUUAACGAUCAAAAUGGAAGUAAAAACAAUGAUUAACGAAGGCCUUCUCUUUUUCAAUUUCGGAACAACGAGACAUGACUUUUUACUUUUGGAAGUUCAAAACUAUACCUUAAGUGCCACGGUUAAAAUUGGAGAAAAGCCAUUGAAACUGAACGUCUCUGGAAAGGUUGUUUCCGACGGGAACUGGAACCAGAUCACAUUCCGCUUAACAUCAACAACAGUCGAACUAGCUGUAAACGAUCGUGUAGAAUACGAACGAAAUGUAUACGCUUCCUUAAUUCAACUAGCUGAUGUUUCAUAUCUGGGUGGUCUGGAAUCAAGCAAAAAAUUUCGCGCAACCCAGAAAGGCUGCGGAACGGCCUGUGACAUUGGCUUCAAAGGCUGCAUUCGUGGUCUGGUGGUAGCGGAACAACAUCGUGGCCUACCUGACGCUCAAUCCUCUGACGGUCUGCUUCCUGGAUGUGUUUGGAACUAUCCAUGUUUAAGACACCCAUGCACGGACGGCGCGACUUGUAUCCAAAGAGGCCUGGAUUCCUUCAAUUGUAGGUGCGAAAACAACAUCGACAUGACUUGUGUCCAAAGAAACUUCACCGAAGGGUAUUCGGUUUUCUCCAGAACAGGCAGUCUUGCCACAGAAUUGGAGCUACUCAGCGUGGAACCAUUAGAAGUUCUAGAGGGUGGAAGUGAAAUCAUUACAACAGCAAACCUGCACUUGGUGCUGGAUUACCGGAAGUACGGUAUUAAAGAUUCGGGUGUGACGUUUGAAGUGCAGAGAGGUCCAGAACAUGGUGCUGUAACGGUGGAUGGAUGGCCUCAGAAGCAAAGUUUCACACUAUUGGACGUGGCUAGGGACAAAAUCCAUUACGUACACGACGGAUCGGAAGCCAGAAGAGACAGCAUCUAUCUUUCGAUUGCAUUCUCUGCCGCAGACACUUUUACACUGCCUGUCUAUUUACAAGGAAAUUUCAGAUUUAACUUGGUGGUAAAUGUAGUGGCUAAAAACGACGCCCCUAUUUUUGAUACUUCGGAAACUCGGGUAUUACGCGUGGUGCAGGGCGCCAAAAAGGUUAUAACUUCCGAUUUAUUCAAGACCGAAGACCCUGACAAUGCGCCUUCGGAACUGAUUUACCGCAUAAUCAAAUGCGACGUUGGAUAUUUCGAGCACCUGCGAAAAUUAGGCGCAAAAAUAGACUCGUUCACUCAAGAGGACGUAAACAAGAAGAAAAUUAUCUUUGUUCACACUAGUGCGGACGCGUCCGAUUCCUACGUCUCUCUAGAAGUGUCUGAUGGGGUGGAAAUCAGUCCAAUAUACAAGGUCCGCAUGUCUGUCACGCCUCAAGUUUGGAGAUUGGACAGAAACACAGGGUUGCAACUACUGCACCAAACGUCGCAGAUAAUCACGCCUUACAACUUGAGUUACACAUCGAACGUACCGAACUCCGAUUACAAAGUUUUGUUUAAAAUCGUUAAAAAGCCUACUUUUGGGGGUGUGGAAGUGGAACGCAGCGUGAACAUGUGGGAGCAAACGGAUGUCUUUUCUAGCAUAGACUUGAAACAGCAUAGAGUUCGGUACAAGCAUCUUACAGGCGAGCCUCAGUUCGACGAGUUCCAGUUCCGUACCGCCCUCAAUAAAAGCCAACUAUACACUUUCCGACUUACCUUUGUUGAAUGCAAACUGUUCCAAGUGGCCUCGAAGGUUCUGGAACUGAACAGCGCCUGGGAAGCACCUGUAACAACGAAAUCUUUGUUAUUCGAAACCAGACCAACCAAAUCGUCAGCCUCAAUUUUAUACCAAGUGAUUAAGUAUCCCCAAUACGGUUACUUAUUCUCCGCUGUAUCAAAGUACCGCAUAAAAUGUUUCGAUAAUUUUACUCAGGAAGAUGUCCUGUCCGAAAAUAUCCGUUACAGACUAUAUCAAAAAGCUUUUUCCGAUGUAACCGAUCAAAUAGUCUUAUCAGCUAAAUCUCCAGGUUGUGGAAACGUAACAUCGAACGUUACAAUUAAAUAUUAUCCGUCGAACGAAGAUAAAUUUAAAGUUCAAGUUAAUAUUAAAGAACUAGACGUUGAUGAGGGAUCUCCUGCUGUGAUCGAUCGAGCUCAUCUCUAUAUUCACGCAAAUUUCGUAUCCGAUUUGAUUUUUAACGUUACAACUCCCCCAGAGUACGGAAUUUUACAAACUAUUUAUAGCGACACGACCAAAAACCAUACGAAAUCAUUUACAGUUCAGGAGCUCAACGACAACCACAUUUUUUAUCUUCACGAUGGUUCGGAAACUACCCAAGAUAGCUUUAAGUUUAUGGCCUUAUCCAAUACCGACGAGACAUUUCAAUACGUCGGGCAGUUUUUGAUAAACGUUCGCUUAAAAAAUGACCAUAGUCCUGUGAGAGUGAUUGAUAAAGUAUUCCAAGUGGUUGUAGGAAGCGAAAAACUACUCACGGAUAAAGACUUAAAAUACAUGGACAUGGACAUCGGCACUCUUACCUCUGGUAUCAUUUACACUUGCAGAGAAAUACCUAACGGUCAGUUUUUCCAUUUGCGUGACCUAAAUCGAAACAUCACCGAAUUUACUCAAGAAGAUUUAGACAAAAAGGUGAUCCUGUUUAAACACAAAGGCCCGGAAUACGCGAAAGUACGGCUUUGGGUGACCGACGGUCAAUUCCACGUGAACGGUAUCCUAGAAAUCCAAGCUUCAGGUCCGUUUAUUCGGGUAGAAGUCAAUAAGAAAGUGAUUGUUGAGACAGAAAAAUCAGUAGUUUUAACACAAGAAAACCUUUAUUACGACACUAACUUGCAUACCACAGAUUCUAAAGUGUAUUACGAAGUAGUGAGUGGCUUGGCUUUCGGAAAAAUCGUGGAUGCUAAAAGCAAACCUUUAAAACACUUCACUCAAGAAGAUAUUAAUUUAGGCCAAGUACAAUAUCACAAUGACAUUACUUCUGGAAAUGCUGAUGAGAUCGGGCUAAAAAUUCGAUGUAAAGAUGCGGUGAACGUUGCUCAAAUUAGUGUUUUAAUUUUACCUUCCUCUUAUUGGGAACCUUUGCAACUAAAGAGACUGAAAAAACUGACAGUGGAAGAAUCAACAAGUACUCUCAUCACCAAAGACAAUUUAGAGGUUACUCAGUUAAAUGUACCUGCUGCUCUAAUAACAUUUCACAUUCGAGACAGACCUCAAUACGGCUACCUAACUAUUUUAUCCGAGUCAAAAAACGGCAGUGAAAUCAUCAACGUAGCCUGCUUCACGCAAGACCUCAUUAACGAAAACAGAGUGCUCUAUAUACAAGCUGGUGUGAACCAAUCCAGAGACACGCUUACCCUCAACGUAACCAACGGUUUAGUUUGGCUGCCCAAUAUCCGGUUAGAACUUAUAAUAAUACCCGAAAAAUGGUACUUGGGAAGCAACGAAAUCAUAGUGAGCGAAGGGGGUUCUAUUCAACUUUCCACGGUUUAUAUUUACGUAGAGACAGAAUAUUACCGUCCCAAGCCCGCUACCUUUAAGAUAGUUGAAAACUUCAAGCACGGAUGUCUCCAUAUUUAUAAACAAUGCUCGAAAUCCAGAUCAUUCACCAGUUCUGAUCUUUCAUCGGGUAUAGUGGAGUACUACCACGAUGGCUCAGAAAAUCACAAAGACUCGGCCGUAUUUUUAGCUCAUAUUGAUGAUAAAAAGAGUGAGCCGGUUAAAGUGUCAGUUAGGGUAGUACCUGUUAAUAAUCACGUGCCUAAAUUAGUUAAUAAUACUGGAUUGGAGAUGUGGGAAGGCGGUGAAGCUGUUAUCACAAACAAUAUGUUAGCUGCCUCUGAUGAUGACAGGCCCAAAGAAACUUUAAGGUACCACGUACAAAGUUGCUGGUGGGGCAAUGUCUCUUUAAUAGCCGAAACCAAAACUGCAUUGAAGUAUUUUACCCAAGAAUUCGUCGAUAACGGUUUGGUAAUCUUUAAACAUCACAAUGGUUCGCGAGCUAGGUUCGUGUUCAACAUCAGCGACGGCUUGCACACAACAAAAGACUACCUCUUCGAGAUAAAGACAAAAAAAGUUCAAAUUAAGUUGUUCACCAACAAAGCCUUGCACAUAUUCCCUCUGCAGAAAAAGGUAAUAACCAGGGAGAAUUUGCUGACGAAGAACUCCGACGGAAGAGAGGUUUUGUAUGAAAUAAACAAGACUCCUACGCUGGGAAGGCUGAUGAAAAAAUCAAAUCGCGAGUACAACAGCGUCGUCUCAAAUUUCACUCAGGAGGACAUCAACAACGGGACUAUUUAUUAUGAGCACUUGCAUCCGUUUCUGGAUUUGUACGCAAACGAUUCCUUUGUAUUCACUGUCAGUUCGUACCUAACAUCAACAUUAAAACACGAGGUUUUUAGGAUAGAUAUAUCGGUUUCUUCGGGCGGUUUAGACUCAUACGUGCAAAUACCUAAAAUAGUCGUGGACGAAGGAGGUAUGACCAACAUCCCACUCAAUAUCUCUGAAGUAGUUUCUUUCCUUGAAAUGCACGCAGGCUUGAGAGCACCAGUGAUCCAUGUUUCUGUGGAGACCCCACGACACGGACGCUUAUUUCUACAAAACAAUAAAGAAAGUGGCCUUAUGACUUUCACUCAACAGCAACUGGAAUCUGGACAAGUCUUCUACGAGCACGAUAACUCAGACACCCUGUACGACACCUUAAAAUUCUCUUUGUACCUCGUGCCGGGAUACAUAAUUUUGUGUAAUUUGACAACGAAUAUCACGGUAAACCCAGUGAACGACCAGCCUUUUAAAUUAGUUACUCCAGCCCCUAACUUUGUCGUGGUCCAAGGAGAGAACCACACGAUCACUCGCGAGGAGUUAUGUACUGAAGACGCAGACACUCCACCUAAAGACAUUAAAUAUGACUUGGUAAAUGGGCCUUCGAGUGGCCGAUUAUUGCUACUUCCAAACUUGGAGCCUGUUAACCAUUUUACUCAAGCAGAUGUUGACCAGAAACGAUUAAUAUACAUCCAUGAAAGUGCCGUUCUUAAAGACUCCUUUCAUUUGCGAAUAUGGGAUGAAAAAUUCAAGCCUGAAUUUACGUUUUUUAAUAUCGUAAUUAUACCGAUUAACUUAACUAUAAGCCCCGGUCUUCCUGUGCAAGUGAGGCAAGGAACAAACGUGGGAUUCCUGAAUAACCAGAACAUUUUUGUGAGCGUCAACGCAGACGAGAACAAAAUCGCCUACGUUGUGUCCAAGGGACCGAAGCACGGAGUUAUUUUCAAAGAAAACAACCAGACAACGCACUUUUCUCAGGAAGAUCUUUACAGAAACCACGUGAUGUACUUGCAGUUUGAUACGACAGCUUCAAACGACUCGUUCAGGAUAAUCGGUCAAAUUGUUAUCGGGAAUUUAACUUUCAAGCAAGAAAUCGAACUUCUGGUUGAAGUAAAGCCAUUCAUGCAUAUUCACGACUUGACAGUAAUGCCUGGCAAACUGACUAAGUUAACUCAAAGCUACCUAGACGCGACGCCUUUGGCGAAGUUGACAGGAACCAAUCCACGGUACACCUUACAUUACACACCCUCUUUUUGUCAAGUUAGGAAAAUUAUACGAAGUUCGGGAGAAAAGCGUUACGUGUUGGACACGGUAGUGAGGAAGUUCAGCCACGAAGAGAUACAGGGUGGUCUUAUAUACUUAGACGUACGAGACGUGGAAGUCCCUUCGAAAGGGCUAACUGACAAAAUUGUGUUCACUCUUAUGGCCAGUAUUUUCCAGCCGGCGAUAGGAGAAUUAAAACUAAACGUUAGUCCUGAUAAUAAUGACGUUUUUACUCUACUGCCAGGACCAAGCGAUCCAGAAGGGCACGAAGGUGACGUUUUGCUAACAACUACCAAUAUUGCCAGAGACUAUAUCCUUAUAGGUAUGUACGUAAUAGUCACUAUAGUGCUAGCCAUCGUAAUAACAACGAUUGUAGUGAUAAUAAUAAUAAAAUGUAAGGCGAUGGAACGUGAAAGUUCCCGAAAAGAAGACGUUCCUUUGGGGCCAUUACCCAGACCUCCAGAUCGAAUACUUGGCUCACCUGUUAAGUCUCUGGGUUUAACGCCUCCACCUGUUGCACCUCCUCAGUGUAAAGUCACCCCCUUGGGGAUUACGGAAUUCGAGGCUCCUUCACCCCAUUCAGGCUACCCUUAUGGCGUAGGAGACGAAAUGCCCGACGAUUGGAGCAGCGUUGAUAAUAAUUCAGAUCAGGCUUCAAAAAGCAUUAUGCUUAGGAGAAAUCAGUACUGGGUAUAGAUAUUAUGCCCUUUUAAUGGUCAUUUUAUAUAGUGUUUGGGAAUAAGGUUGAAACAUGUUUUAAGGCAACAAGGAAAUAAAGGAAAUCUUACCUUAUCGGUACUCACACAUUCCACUUUUCAAAUGCUCAAAAAACCACUUCAAAAAGACCUUUUCCUCACUAACAAUCACUACUUAACAAGAAAUAAAACUUAAAAACUGAAAUAAGAAGCGUCCGAGAGUCUUUUGUUUUCUUGUUUUUGUUGAUUUUUUGACAGAAACUUUUGGUUUUCAAAAGUGGCGCUAAUUUCGUAUUAAUUAAAAUAUGUAUUUCUUUUUUAUUUCUCAAACCCUAUAUAGGCUUUAUAACUCUUCCUAUCAAGCCGAAAAAUUGUAUAUUUAUUAAUUUUUAGUGGACUUCAUUAUUUAUAAGUUAUAAAAAGUUUUUAAAAGUUAUAGAUAUUUUUUAUUCAGUGCCAAAAGCGGAAAUGUGCCAAACGCGGAAAAAUAUGAAUUUUCAAAAAAGGAACCCUUCCAAGUAUUAAGAGUUGCAUAACUUUCACAAAAUAUGUCCACUAAAAAGUUUGCAUUAUUUAUUAUUUAUAUUAUUAGAAUGCCUAUCAUUUCUUUAUUUUUUAUAUUCAAGUGUUACUUGGGGUUUAAAAAUUAAAUUUGUACACCUGUUACAAUUUUAAAAUUAAUUAUAAAGUAAAUACAUAAAAGAAUAUACGAUUUUAUUAUAAUUAAUAUCUCAAAAUUAGUUGUUGAAAUUUAUUAACGAAGUUAAAUUUGCCUGACAAUGAAAUUAAACAAUUUUUAUUAAAUGUUACAUGCCAAGUAUUUUCUUUCUGAGGUAAUACAUGUAGUAAAUAAAAUUCCUAAGUAUAAUACCAUUUGAAAAUAUCUAAAAAAGCAUUAAGCUAUCCCAACAGUAGACCCCCAUAAUCUUAAAUAUAAAAAGACGAACAGAAUCUAAGUUUAAUUUUUGUUUUCUAGUAUUAUAUAGAAGUUGCUAAUUUUUUAUUGACUGAAUAAGAUAAAUUAAAAAUUCUUGGAUAACUACCUGACUUAUUACGAUGUA